AUGGAGCCAUUCGUGCAUAUACCCGAGUACCCAUUUGUUGUUUGCAAGGAAUGCCAGUUUGCAUGCGUGACAGGCGAGGUCACCACCCAUUUGCGUAUGCAUCAUGGUCAUAUACAGGUACAGGAGCGAAGACGGAUUGCAGAGUCCAUCGGCGACAUACCCGGCAUUGCCGGGGGCCAGGAGGAGUUGCGUUCGUUCCAGUUCCCACCGCCGACCGUCACGCCCAUCCGGUUCAUUGCGCCACCCAAGCCAGACGGUAUACGGUGCGAUCGUUGCGGAUUCAUCGUACGAACGAUCGCCGGUAUACGGCGGCAUUGCCGGAAGGAGCACGGGUGGGUGAGUGGUUGGACCAAGGGUGGCAACGUGGUGAAGAGGGCGAAGGAGGAAAGGCAGGUGCCGUGGACGACGGGCGUACGUUGCCAGCGUUUUUUCCGUUCGCGCGUGGCCAGCGGAUGGUUCGAGGUCGGUCGGGGCAGCGCCGAGGAAGCGGCAAGCAACGGGGAGGGCGAGACAUUGGAGGAGCAGUUGGCACGGAUCCACACGGCGCAGGCAGGACGUUUCAAGGCGAGGAAGCGGGCCAUCAAGGCCGGCGACGAGAAGGCCGAGCCGAACGCGUGGUUGAACCGGGUGGGUUGGGCGGAGCAUUUGGCCGGGUUGGACCGCGACCGGUUACGUGGUUCCGUGGAGCCGAUUGGAGACGACGAGGCGGGAUUGAAGCGGAUGUGGGAGAGCAUGGAGCGGGUGAUGGGGCGGGCGCGUGCGGCAGUAUUGAAGCGGAGUGGGCACGCCGUGUUGUUCGAGAUCAACCGGAAGGAGGUUCACAUCAAGCCGAGCAAGCCGUUCGAGGGCCGGAUGGAGGACGACACGUGGGCCCGUUCCAAGGAGGUGUAUCGGAAGUUGUUAUGUUUCAUACGCCGCACGCAGGAUUGGGACGAC